AUAUUAUCUAUAACCUUUUUGAUGUCAACUUUUUAAUAUUUACCACACUUGACAGAAGACACAAAGAAAAACAAAAUCGUACAUUUAUUCAAUUUUGAUAGAUCAAUAAAUUUCGGGAUUUUUUCCAAUUGUUUAUAUUUUAUGUAAUAUUUUGUAAGUAGCGACUCAAAAUUAUCAGUUACCUCUGGAAAAAGCUUGCUAUGGACGAAGACAAUGCUAAUGAGCCCGAACCAACCACAAGUAAGAAGGACUGCCAAAAAGGAACCUCAGGCCACGAACUUGACAAAAAAGGUAAUGACGAACGAAGCUCGAACAGCGAUACCUGGUCUUCAGCCGGCAGCUACUCCGUGAAGAGUAGACUGGAUAUGGCUGACGGUAGAACGGAUGGUCCUAAACCAAUAACCAAGAGAGAAUCUAAGAUGAAGGACAGACGAAAGAAGAUCCGUGGCGACAGGCGGCGUCGAGGUAGAAUCGAGAAGAGAAAGCGGUCCGAAGUCCGGAGGCAGGUGGUUCGAAGACCACCGAAAAGAAAGCCCAGGAUGGACAGACGGAGAGAGUUGUCAGUAUCGACUAUCUUCACAAGGCUAUCCCCCGGGAGCACACGCAGGGCCAGGAGCCCCACCUGUCAAUAUUGUGGACAUCGUUGCUGCCUUAAAAGAUACUGUCAAAAGACUAAAAGAGUACGGUUCAAGAGGAUCAGGAAAAAUAAAAAGCUUGGAAAAAAGAGAAAGAGGACGCUGCCUUCAGAAUGCAUACAGACUGGGUCUCGUAGUGUGAUGCUGUCUCCGUUGUUCGUGAACACCAAUUCGACUCCUGUGUCUGAAGAGACUAAGGAAGACGAGAGAUAUAUUGAGAUCACUCCAGAGAUUAUUUACGCAAGUCUCAGAAGACUGACUAUGUGGCGGGAAGGAGUGGAGACAGGAACUCUUUUAGAUUUCAUAAAGCGCAAUUAUCCAGUGGACUCCGAUAUGAAACGACUGCAGGAUGAAUUGCGCGGGAAACUGCGCGUCGCUGUUCUUGUAGGUUUGGUAACACAACUAUCUGAGGAGAUGUGGAGCUUGUCCAGUGCGUUGAAGAAACGAAGGUUGACCAGGACGCACGUGUCGCUGUUCUGGAAAAUAUAUGCCGACACUAUGAGUCCCGUCGCCAGGAAAGGAGUUACUACCCUGGAACCAGAUAGAGAGGAUACACAGACCAACACAGCUUUAGCAUUCGACGAAUUCGCUUACGACGACAUAGUAUAAAAAUUUUGUACAAAAAAAUCAUUAGAACCAAUCUAAUUAUAUUUAAAAUUUCAUUAAAAAAUCGUAAAUACACACCUAUUUUUAAAUAUUCU